CUUGUCAGUCAUAUGAUGGCUUUAAAAAAAGAAAAACGUAAUCAAUGCCAAAAUAUUUAUUUUGCUUUAUCUCCUCAGGAUGAGUUUUUAGAUGUCAUCUACUGGUUCCGGCAGAUCAUUGCAGUUAUUUUGGGAAUCAUCUGGGGAGUAGUUCCUCUGAAAGGCUUCGUGGGAAUAGCAAUAUUCUGUCUGAUCAAUGCUGGUGUUCUGUACCUCUACUUCAGUAGCUUCCAGCAGAUAGACGAGGAGGAGUAUGGUGGGACAUGGGAGCUGACAAAGGAAGGAUUCAUGACAUCUUUUGCCCUAUUUCUGGUUGUUUGGAUAAUCUUCUACACUGCCAUCCACUAUGAUUGACACAGUCUGCAGCUUUUGUCUGUUAAAUCAGUUGUCAGUAAAUCAAGAAGAUUUUUAAUAAAUCAUAAUCUCUGGCAGACUGGUGGGAAGGUUGGGGAUGUCAAAUCAACUCCCUUCUGUACCAGCGGUCUGAUUAGAAUGGAAGAGCCCCAACUCUUCUGCUGGAGAAGCCAGUCCAUCUCCGUUUUAUAUACCUGUUAAUUACUGGAACUAUUAAAAAGCCAUUGGAAUUUUUGGAAGCAGUUCAAGACUGUUCAGAUUUUGAACUUUCUGCAACUCUAGCCAGUAACUGUAUUGUUGUCCGUUGGGACUGCAGUAUCAAACGCCUGUAUGCUGAAGGUUGUAUCUGUUAAUUUAAUGUAUGUAUGCUCCUUCGUUUGAAAUUGUCAUUACAUCUGACUUGUCUUCCAUUUGUUGUCCUUUAGACAGACGGUUUUUAAAAAGUGAUUGUAGGGUACGUGGGAGGAAGGCACUGCAGCAUCCAGGAUAUGAGUUCAGUGGCUGUCCUCAGCAUGUUCUGUAGUAAUCAAACCUGAUUUGAUUAAACAGACUGUGUCGUUACCAUUUCUAAUAAGUUUUGUUUUACUUGUGGAUGAUUUGUUCACCAGAAUUUUCAAAUGCUGAAAUGUUGUCUUUGCUAAAGACAAAUUUUUAAGCAACUUCACUAGAAUGAGUUGUGAUUAAUUUGGUUAAUGAAUGUUUAACUUGCGAGAUGUGUUUGGGAGGUUUGGAAACACCCCUGCAUUCUGCUGGCCUAUGAAGUUGUCAGCAUUUACCUCAGAGCUCAGCAAUCUUGAAGAACAGUCAUUCUGGAGGUACACUUUUAAUGCUAUGUAUGUAAAUUCUAUUUUUUUUAAUUGAUUUCAGCUGGCUUCAGAUGCUCAGUGCUAAUUAAUGCAAGAGACUAACACACAGUUGAGGCAGCUAAUAUCUUAAAAGCAGAAUUACUAGCUUGCAAAUCAGGCGCAUUCAAUAUGUAGUGCAUUAUCUCUGGUUAAAGGGGUGCUCUUUGCGUUGGUCACUUCAUAGUGCAAUUCUUCCCUAGUCCGUGGGAAUUUGUGCAUCAAUGGGGGAGUAGUCUCUGCUCUAAAAUAUUUGUAAGGACCUGUAUUUCAGAAAUAGAUCUUGGGAAGCAUGCACAGUCCUUGUUUUCGUCAGAGGACCUUGCAGUCUAGCUGCCACAUAGUCCUUGUUUUUCUAAACAGCACAUGCUGUACCCAAAAAGAGUACUGACCUAGAGGUGCCUUAUAGUAAGGAGUUAAUAGUUUUGGUGUGCUUUUGGUGAAAGUCUGUGUUACUUCCUUGUUGGCAGAAGUCCAACAGCUCGGUUCUCACAUGUGACUAUGUAAAGUCAGGGAUCUAAUUCUCCAAGUGCUGAGCUAGGGAUUCAGAAUCACCCACCUGUGCAGGCCUCCAUGCUUACCAGGGAAAAUGGUGUCUGUUUUUGGUGAAAAAGACACACCUGGCUAUCUUAGAUCCUUGGCAUGCAGAGGGAAAAAUGCAAUAGCAGACAGCUUCUGCUA